AUGUCCGCACCAUUAGACGCUAGCCAAUUACAAAUAACCAAAACCACCAAACCAUCAACCCCACUUCCAAAGGAACAAUUGGUUUUUGGUAAAUCAUUCACUGAUCAUAUUUUGGAAAUUGAAUGGACUCAAGAAUCAGGAUGGGGUACACCAACCAUUACUCCAUACCAUACCUUUUCCCUUGACCCAGCUACUUGUGUCCUCCAUUAUUCUUUUGAAUUAUUUGAAGGUUUAAAAGCAUACCGUGAUUCAGAAGGGAAAAUUAGAACUUUCAGAGUUAAUAAGAACAUGGAACGUAUGAAUAGAUCAGCCAAGAGAGCUGCGUUACCAACUUUUGAUGGUGAUGAAUUCCAAAAAUUAUUACAUAAAUUCUUACAAGUUGAAGAAAGAUUUGUACCUGAAGGAUUUGGUUACUCAUUAUAUUUAAGACCUACUUUGAUUGGUACCUCUAUUGGUUUGGGUGUUAGUGCUCCAACCAAGGCAUUAUUAUACUGUAUUGCUUCCCCAGUUGGACCAUACUUCAGUGCUGGUUUCAAGCCAGUUUCAUUAGAAGCUACCGAUUAUGCCGUCAGAGCUUGGCCUAAAGGUGUUGGUUCUUACAAAUUGGGUGCUAAUUACGUCUCUUGUAUCGAACCACAAAUGGAAGCUGCCAAGAGAGGCCAUUCUCAAAACUUGUGGUUAUUUGGUGAAGAAGGUUACAUUACUGAAGUUGGUGCCAUGAAUGUAUUUUUCGCUUUUGAAAAUGAAGACGGAACUAAAGAAUUGGUUACUCCUCCAUUGGAUGGUAUGAUCUUACCUGGUGUCACUCGUGAUUCUGCAUUAGAAUUAGCUAGAACUAAAUUAGAUUCUAAAGUAUGGCAAGUGAACGAAAGAAGCUUGACCAUUCAUGAAGUUAAGGCAAGAGCCGAUAAGGGUCAAUUGAUUGAAGCUUUUGGUACUGGUACUGCUGCUAUUGUUUCUCCAAUUGAUGAAAUUGAAUACAAGGGUGAAACCAUUAAAGUUCCUGUCGCUGCUGGAACUUCCGGGGAAUUGACAUUACAAAUCAACAACUGGAUCAAAGACAUUCAAUAUGGUGUUGAACAAUUUAAAGAUUGGUCUAAAGUUGCUAAUUAA